CCAUGGAGCUGGCGCGCUUAGCAGUGGCGCCCAUCCUAUCCCUCAGUGCGACUCCUCCGAGGGAUCAGGAGUAGACUAAGUCAAACUUCCAACGGCUUAAAUUUUGUGCGCAACCUUUAAAAGGGAUUCAAGUCUCUGAGACUGAAGCAUGAAAUCUCACAUCAGCUUAGCCAGAAGGAGUCAAAGACAGUAAAAAGACAGGGGUCAGAGGUGAUGCCAUGUGCCAACGGCAAUCUUCUUUUAAUCCUCUCAAAUCAGGAAAAUUGAUGGUGCGGCCAGAUGGUUCGUCCCUCCAUGUGUGGUUCAUGUCAACACUUCCUGACCAUUUCAUGGGCUACAAGCAGACUCCAAGAUCCACGGCUGCAGCUUGAUUCAACCCCUCUCUGUUUUCUACCUCUUAUUCUUUGCCCCUCAUCCCUAACCACACCCUCCUCGCCCUUUCUCUUCUCUGCCUCGGCCUCUGUUUUAGCUCUCACCUCACAUUUCAACAGUCAAAGCCCUCCCUAAGCCCAACAUGGUGUCCCGCCUUCCCUUCUUAGUUUUUGUCAUGAUGUGCCAAGGCGCCCUGCUGGCAGACCCACCUCAAUCCCGUCGUGAGAUCCGCAUUGAGGGGGACCUGGUGCUCGGUGGCCUUUUUCCAGUGCAUGAGAAAGGCGCUGGAAUUGAGGAGUGUGGACGUGUGAAUGAGGACAGAGGGAUCCAAAGGCUGGAGGCCAUGCUAUUUGCCAUUGACAGAAUCAACAUGGACAACACCGUGCUACCAGGUGUUUCCCUGGGGGUGCAUAUUCUUGACACCUGCUCAAGAGAUACGUAUGCACUAGAACAGGCUCUGGAGUUUGUGAGAGCCUCUCUCACCAAGGUGGAUGACACUGAGUUCAUCUGUCCUGAUGGAUCUUACGCUCUGCAAGAUGACAGCCCACUUGCCAUUGCAGGAGUCAUCGGAGGAUCUUAUAGCAGUGUAUCAAUACAGGUUGCCAAUCUUCUCAGGCUCUUUCAGAUCCCUCAGAUAAGCUAUGCUUCAACGAGUGCCAAGCUCAGUGAUAAAACCCGCUAUGAUUACUUUGCCCGCACUGUACCACCUGACUUUUACCAGGCCAAAGCCAUGGCAGAGAUUCUCCGGUUCUUUAACUGGACAUACGUGUCCACCGUAGCAUCAGAGGGUGAUUAUGGAGAAACUGGUAUAGAGGCAUUCGAACAAGAAGCACGAAUGAGGAACAUCUGCAUUGCUACUUCAGAGAAGGUGGGACGCUCAAAUGCUAAAAAGUCUUACGAGGCAGUGAUUCGUCAGCUCCUCCAGAAGCCAAAUGCUCACGUGGCCGUCCUUUUUCUGAGAAGUGAUGAUGCCAGAGAGCUGAUUUCGGCUGCUGCCCGACUUAAUGCCUCCUUCAUCUGGGUGGCUAGUGAUGGCUGGGGUGCACAAGAGAGCAUUGUCAAGGGAAAUGAGAUUACUGCUGAAGGAGCUAUUACACUUGAACUAGAGGCGAAUCCCAUACCAGAAUUCAACCAUUACUUCCUAAGUCUGGACCCUAUCAAAAACCACCGGAAUCCCUGGUUUAAGGACUUCUGGGAACAGAGGUUCCAGUGCUCUUUGGGAGCCAAAAGCUUAGGAUUAGGGGGAACACCUCUUCCACCAUGUGACAAGAACUUGCUGAUGGAUAAAAGAUAUUUCGAACCAGAGUCCAAGAUCAUGUUUGUGGUGAAUGCAGUAUAUGCCAUGGCCCGUGCCCUACACAACAUGCAGCGGAGCCUGUGCCUCAACACCACCAAACUGUGUGACAGCAUGAAGGCCCUGGAUGGGCGCAGACUCUACAGGGAUUACAUUCUUAAUGUCAGCUUCACAGCCCCAUUUGCCCCUCCAGGCAGUGAGACAGUUGUGAAGUUUGAUUCCCAGGGGGACGGCAUGGGCAGAUACAACAUCUUUAGCUAUCAGCGUUCUGGGGAACGUUAUGGCUAUGUGCCAGUAGGAGAGUGGGCAGAGAGUCUGAGUCUAAACAACGAUCUGAUACGCUGGCCUAAAGAGGCAGUGCCGACCUCUCAGUGCAGCGACCCCUGUGAGCGCAAUGAGAUGAAGAAAAUGCAGGCAGGCGAGUACUGCUGCUGGAUCUGUACAGCAUGUGAGCCUCAUGAAUACCUUGCUGAUGAGUUCACCUGCUCGCCAUGCGCUCCUGGUCAGUGGCCAACAGAGGACCUCACAUCCUGUUAUGACCUUCCUGAGGACUACAUUAUGUGGGAAGAUGCUUGGGCCAUUGGUCCCAUUACCAUUGCAUGUGUAGGGUUUGUGUGCACCGGUCUGGUAGCCUGGGUGUUCAUCAGACAUAACAACACACCAUUGGUGAAAGCCUCAGGAAGAGAGCUCUGCUACAUUCUUCUCGCUGGAGUCUUUAUGUCCUAUGCGAUGACUUUCCUUUUUUUGGCCAAACCCUCUCCUGCUAUAUGUGCCCUGCGGCGCCUCGGACUGGGCACUUCAUUUGCUGUGUGCUAUUCAGCCCUGCUUACCAAAACCAACAGAAUCUCCAGAAUUUUCAACGGCGUGAAAGAUGGGGCGGGCGCAGUGAGGCCGCGCUUCAUUAGCCCAUUCUCUCAAGUAUUUAUCUGUCUGAGUCUGAUCUCCGUCCAACUAGUAAUGGUCUCAGUGUGGCUACUUCUGGAGGUUCCAGGGACACGGCGGUUUACGUUACCAGAACGACGCCAGACAGUCAUCCUCAAGUGUAAUGUGCGAGACUCCAGCAUGCUACUGUCUCUGGGAUAUGAUGUACUCUUGGUCAUCUUGUGUACUGUGUAUGCCUUCAAGACCAGGAAAUGCCCUGAGAACUUUAAUGAGGCCAAGUUUAUCGGAUUCACCAUGUAUACCACCUGUAUAAUUUGGCUGGCCUUUCUUCCCAUCUUCUAUGUCACAUCCAGUGACUACAGGGUUCAGACCACUACCAUGUGUAUCUCUGUCAGUCUAAGUGGCUUUGUGGUCCUGGGCUGUAUGUUUGCUCCCAAGGUCCAUAUCAUCAUGUUUCAGCCCCAGAAGAAUGUGACCAGCCACCGGCUUAACCUCAACCGCUUCAGUGUCAGCGGGGCUGCCACUACAUACGCAUCUCAUGCUUCUGUCAGUGCCCACUUCGUCCCAACAGUGUGCAACGGGAGGGAAAUAGUUGACUCGACCACUUCCUCUCUGUGACAUCAUCCAGUUCGCUCGCUAAACCUGCCCCAGCGACUGUUAGCCAAGUGACGAACAUUUUUCAUCCCAGCUUUGUUUUUAUUCCCCCUUUUAAACACACAAACACUCUCUUACAUACACACACAAACACACUCACACAAACUGAAUACAAGCAAACGCCUUCCUUGUGGACUAGAACUGUAUUGUUUUACAAAUGUAGAAAGUGUGUAACUAUAAUUAAAUUAUUUUCUAGGGAUGUAUAUACAUUGAAUCAACAUUGUUGUACGUAGAGAAAUGAAAUAACAAAAAAAAAAAUGUUUUUAGGAGGAAUUUUUUGGAAACUUUGUUUUUGAUAGCCUUGUUUCAAUGUAAAAAGACAUAAGCUUAAAUAUGGUAGGGGGACUGAGUCCUUCCAUCUGGAUGCACAUUUGUGGCUCUGCUUGCCUCACUGCAAUACCCACAGACUUUUGAUUCUCAUGCUUUUUGUAGUACCUCAUUGUAAUAACUAACUGUAUGCAUUUCUAAUGUGGAUCUGUACAUUUGUAUAUUAUACUACUGAUGGUUCAAAGAGCACAAUGUUAAAGGUCUUGAGACAUCAGAAUGAAUGUGGACAAAAAGAUAACUGGACGAACUAGAACAGCCAGAUAAGAAACUAAAAAUGGAAACAAAUGCAUACAGAAAGAAAGAGACAGAGAGAGAUCCAUCAUAUUUAGUGAUAUAUUUCUGUUUGAAAAUAUAUCGUAUUUCAUCUUAAUAGAUGGUAAUUGUUUCCUGGAUCUUUGUCAAAAUGGUCUUUGGCUGUUUUGGCAGAAAAACAUGUUUUACUUUUGAUACAAAUGAUAUUAUUUUCUAAUUAUGGUAUCCCUUUAUCUAAAUGGCCAUCAUUCCAGAGAUGUGUUCAGCAAAGCAUCACUUUUUCCCUGCCACUUUUAAGCUGAUGUGUUUUAAAGACUGCUGAGAUGCAUUGCUAAUAAGGAAUAGCUGGCUGAAAACACUUUAUUAAAUCCCCUAAAGAACAAACAAAAACAAAAAAAUUCAGUUACCCAGUUUUUAAAGUGUUUUGCAAAAGGAUUCAGACCAUUUGAUCUUUUUUACAUGUUGUCAUCUAACACCGUCAGUUUAUUAUAGUGGAUUAUUAUUGGAUAAAGCAACAAAAUGGUUGCAUAAUUGUAAAGUAAGAGAAAACCAUGAUACCAUGUUUUAACAUUCUGUACAACUAAAAUAUUAUAAAAGAGUCUCUUUCUAAAAUUACAUUAAGCUGCAUUUAACUUCAAGUUCUUUGGAGUUUCUCUCUACCAGCUUAUCAUCUGGAAACUGAAAUUAUUGCCCAUCAUUCAAAAUGAAUACCGUUUGUGAACUGCAAUAGUCAAGUUUUAAUUCUCCAUUUUAAGUUUGGACUUUAAAUGAAAAAAAUAAUUGCACUGAUUUAAUCUAGGCAAUCCCAAUGUAUUUAUGUAUUUUUAGUGUUGUUAUCUGUUUGAAUGUGAAGUUUAAACUCAGAGUACAGCCGUUUGCAGCCUUUGAGAGGCUUUUCUUCAAGAUGAGCCCAUCUUCCCAUGGACCUUAUGAGCUUCCCUAUCCCUGCUUAAGAACGGCCUUCCCACAACAUAAUGCAUCCAUCACCCUGUUUCACAUUUUCCACAACAGAUUAAAUUUCGGAAAUUGGCUUUAAGUUUAAUGUUGGUCUUAUUUCACCAGUAGACCCUCUUUAUCUUUUUUUUUUUAUUAUUUCCCAUACAUGUUUUUUGGUAGUAAUUCUGAAUUUUUGUGUUACUACCUUUAAAGAGUGACUCUCUCCUUGCUACUCUUCCAUUAUGGUUGGGUUAGAGAAGUGCAUGAGUAACAAAUAUAUCUUUAGUAGUUUUUUUUAUAAAACCACACAUCUGUUUCUUUGCACUACCCAGUUAUGUAAUUAUGAAUUUCCACAAUAUAAAAUAUGAAUAAAGUAUAUUGAUGUUCCAAUGUUCCAAGAAUACUUUUGCAAAGCACUAUAUGAACUUUGGGUUCCUAAACUGAGAAAGUAUGUCGCUAAAGAAAAAGGGGAUGUUUUGCUGAACACACGUUGACUUUUUCCACCUUUAGGGGAGUAGUAGCUUCUAAUUCAUGCCCUAUAGAUACCGUCUGGUUUGAUAUUUUCAAUAUGGCUAUGUGCCUUAAUCUGUGUUUGAUAGAUAAUUGUUGUUAGAGAUCAGAUUUACACUACCAGCUCAAAGUCUUUGUUUGGUUGAUGUAAAAAAGUGGCCUCAGUAUGAAGACAAUGCGUCUAUGGCAGCAGGUUUAUUUUAUGUGAAGUAAAGGUCCAGGAAUUCUAACAAAUCACACGUUUUAAGUGGGUUCCUUGAGUCUGAAAAACAAAGAAUAUUUAGAAAAAAUAUGUUUAGGUCUGUGUUUUGUCCUCCUGCUAUCACCUCAGUAGCUGCAGGUAAAAGAGGGAGGAGAAGGGGAAACAGGCUACAUCAUUAGGAGGAAUUCAGAGAGUAUUUGACUUGUUGAAGUGUGCAGUUUACAAGCUUGUGUUAAAAUGUGUUUAUGUUGGGAAGCACAGUGGAGCAGCUGGCUUUGGCAGUCCCACAGAGGCUCAGGAGACGAAGGACAGCACAUUUUGUCAGCUGCUGGCUGAUCCACGCCAGCAAUAGAUGUUAGAGUAGAACAGAUAUGCACAGCCCCCAGAAAAAGGGGAUUUUCUCAUUCAUACAGAUGUAAAUGUUUGGAUGUGAUUCUUAAAAUUACUGAAUAAAUUUAAUAUAAAAAAGCGACUUAGAGGGAAACUUUAACAGCUAAAGAUAGCAGAGUAAUUUAUUACAUUUAAUUUAAUUGUCCUGCAAUUUUUGUUGAACUUAGGAAUAUUUUUCACAAAACUGAUCUCAAUGUUUACAUAUUAUAUGCUGUCUAAAAUAAAGUAUGACUGUUACAUUUGAUGUUUUAACCAAAAAAAUGAUCAGAAUAACUUUUUUCAAAGCAGUGUUUUUGUCAAAUACAAAGUAGAUGUUUGCAGAACUUUUAGAUUCCAUCUUCUGAGUGGUCAGCAUGUUUGCACAGCCUCCUGUGUUCACUGAACUAAAUGAUAGAAGGGAUUUCAAAGGUUGUGUCAAGAGGAGGCAACCUACAUUGGGGUGUGUUUAUUAGGUGCAGAGAGCAGCAAGAGACAGCGAUGUGGCAGAGAUGCUGCUGCUGCUGCUGCUCCUGCUGGAUUAUGUAAAGCACUCACAGAGCCCAGAAGUCGGCAGCGCCUCUGUGGAAGCUCAAAGCAUCCCACAGAUUCACAGUGUUUGUUAGAAGAAGGUUUAGCCAUUCACUCUGUGGUCCUGCUCCCUCCAGAUACACACCACAUGACAGGUUGCUAUGGACAACCACAACUAACACAUCCAACACUGGAAUGUCUUAGUUGGCAGCAUGAAGAGAAAAACUGGGAGAAGGGAUGAGGAGUGCUUGAGUAAAGAGAGACAGAAAGAGAGAGAGAAAAACUGGGUUGAAGGUUCUGAUCCAAGUUGGCAGACACCAAUGAGAUUGGGCUCUUUAGGGCCCUGUACUCACGGCUUUUUAAUAGGCACACAAACAGAGCACUUAACCCUGAUUCUCCAGUCAUUUAGUCCAGGGACCAGUCCAAGACAACAGUCUCACACUCUUCCCUGACCCUCUCUCUCACAGUCCGCCUCACCCUUCAACCUUUCCCUUACCACCUUUUGUGCACCCCAUCUCCACUCCGUGUGUGAAACUUGUGACUGAUUCGGUCUCAGCCAAGACCACCAAAGCCAGAGCAACAGACUGGUGGCUUAAACUUGAACUGAAGCGGUCUUCUAAAGCACAUGACAUGGAAGCUGCUGUGACAAGGUUAGAAAAGAAAUGGAGGGAUGUCAAACAAAGGAUUUGGAAAAUGAAUGGUGGAGGAAUUGAAUUGAAAACUCAGAUGUAAAGGAACACAUUGCUUUAAUUCUCAUUACUUUCAUGGAAAUGAUCAUCUCAUCUCCUCCAUAAAUUAAUUGGGAAACUUCUUUAAUUGGUUUUCCUCAUGAAUAUCCUUUACAAAUGGCAAUCUAUUAAGGACACUGUUCCUCUUUUCAGGCUUUGCCAACUGUCAUUUCUUUUUACAAAGGUCUACCCCCCACCCCCUCUAUAUAGCAGAAUGUGUCCCUGGCCUCUGGGCUUUGAAACAAGAAGAGAACUCAAGAGACAAAGCGAAACGGAUAUCAAUCUGAACUCUUGGAACUGGCUGGUCACAAAAAGCAAUAGCUCCUGCAUUUAUGAAAUGUGCAAUAAAGAGGCUGUGAUGACAUCAUAAUAAAGACCAUGAAGUAAACAUCAGCUGUUGUUUCCUCCUCCCUCUCUUUGCCAUGUGUGCCAUGUAGGAUUCACAGCAUUUGUUGGCUCUAACACCUUGCCUGAUCUGUUCCCUUAAAUAAAAACACUCCAAUUAAACCAUCUACUGGAGAGUUUCCUGCACUAGGACAAUGCAUGCCAGUGAAGAAUAUCAGCCUGGUAAAG